AUGGUUGACACACUGCAUCCUCCUCCCUCGAUCAUUGCCUCAUGGCCCAAGCCAAACUAUGUCAAUCCAGAGAACAGAGGAUCUGCUCUGGUCUACAUCUCUAUCAUCUUGAGUAUCUUAGGGAUUGCCACUGUUACUGCCCGAAUAUACUCUCGGCUUUUUAUCACCCGAGCUCCGGGACUGGAUGAUCUCCUGAUCGUCCUUGCACUGUUCUUUGGUGUUGCCAUGUCCGUUCUAAUCAUCAUCGGAAACAAAGUCUAUUUCAGUGGUCGACAUGUCUGGGAUAUACCCAUCGCGACCUUUAGCCCUCACCGACUCAAUGUCUGGGUCAGUAUGUGGUGCUACGUUACUGCCGCCUCGUUGGUCAAGAUCAGUGUGCUCUUGUUCUAUCGCAGGCUGAGUGUCAGGUUCAGCAAGCUGUUCUUGGUGGCGACUUGGGUCGGGAUCGUCUACAACAUCCUCUACCUGAUAGCUUUCGGACUGGCUUUGCUUCUCAUCUGCCAUCCUGUACAAGCCUACUGGAAGAGUUUUGAUCCCGGUUGGGCCUCCACGCACAAGUUCAAUUGCCAGACAGAAGGUGUAUCUUUGCCCGCCUCGGCUGGCCUGAGUGUAUUGGGGGAUUUCUAUAGCACUUUGUUGCCGAUGCUUCUGAUCUUCCAUCUCGACCUUCCUCGACGUCAAAAGCUCGCUCUGUAUGGGCUCUUCGUACUAGGCUUUCUCGCUGUCGCCGCGGGAAUCGUCCGGACUUUCCUAUUGUAUAGAUUGCUGAACGUCGACUAUGACUUCACUUGGGAACUCUGGGAGACUUGGAUAUGGGCUGUGGUUGAACUUUACGUUGCCAUUUUUGCCGCCAGUGCGCCUGCUCUCAAACCAUUCUUGCGACGGUAUUUCAUUGAGACCGUCGGGAGUCUAGUGCACUCGCGAAGAAGAGGAGACUCACGAUGGAGCAUCGGACAGGGGAUCUCGGACGCAAAUUGGAUCCCGGAUGAGUCGAAGAUGAGUACGUCGGUAGAUGUGGAGAGAAUAGGGGUUGCCUAUAGUGACAGUGAAUCCGAGACUCGAGAAAGAAGUGUUCUCGAGGAUGUUGGAGACAGUGAGACCCGGCACUUCGAAUUAAGGAUCGGUCGAAACGGUAAGACGAUUCCUAUGCAGGUUGACAAAAAGAGCGAGAACAGUAACGAAAUGCCUGCAACACCAUCUCUUCGAGGCCACGAACGUAACCGUUCGGUCGACGGCGGACGGACUUCAAACUGGCCCAUGCCCCCAGGAAACACUUAUCCAGGUUUUCAUCUGCGAUCCAAAGGGACUGUGAUAUCACAAGAAUCGCAGCACACCAUACAGGUGGGGUUGCAGCUUGAUCGAGCAGUGGACAAUUCAAGCUCACGAGGAUCGCGAGGAAGUGUGCGGAAUGCAAGACUGAGGGCCCAGGCUCAAAUGAAUCGCACACGAAUAUAG